AUGACCCCGCGUUUUAGCUGCUAUUGUGCAGCUAUCUGCUUUGAGCAAUGUAUGCAGCCGACUGAACAGGGACCUUCCUCGAGGAACACCGAGCACGGUUUCUGGCGCGCGCCGUCACACUUCAGGCUGAACCCCUCCACGCCGCUCCGCACCGCAGCGGCCUUCCCGCCAACACCGCCCCCUCAGCGCAGCAGCAGCGCGAAAGCCCACCGCGGCUGUUGGCGGCGCGAGACCGACAGACCCCCACAGCACAGCACGGCACUGCGUGGCGCAGCACGCACCUACCUGCCCCGCACCGCCAGCCCCACCGCGCAGCCUGCCGGGCCCCAGCAUCACUCGUCCGGUGGGAAACGUAACCUCCGCCCGCCGCUUCAGCGCGGCGAUGGGCAGCGGAGCGCGUUCCUGGCGGGGCCUCGCGUGUUUCCACCCGGGCCCCAGUGGCGAAGCACCGGCAGGAAGCGGCGUGCCGGCCGAGCUCGACGCCGUCUCCAUGGCGACGACGGCGCUGCUGAGGAGGCAGCGGGCUCCAAAAACAACACGAGGGAGGUCCAAGGAAAUAGGCUGUAUCUCACUGCCUGCAAAGAGCAAGUCCGUGUGGAAGGCAUUUCUAAGCAUAAGAAGGAAAUGAAGAUCACAGCGUAUUGUACUUUUGAAGAGGAAACAGCAAACAACAAAAAUGUAGAAAUGUCUUUGUUCCUAUGCAAAAGUAGCUCUUGAAAAUACUGAAGGGAGCCAAAGCUCUAGAUAGCUUAUAUUUGCCCAUAACAUGUCUGCAGUGAGCAAUUGUAUCAAGAAGGUCAAAACUUCAAGAUUGUUCUACACAUCAAACAAAAUCAGUUCAGAGCUGUGAUGGUCUAUCAGAUAUACAGACAGCUACAAAUGAAGCUGUACAGACAAUUUCUGUCUUAUACUAUCAUCCAAGAGAAACAGACCUCAAAGUGUUCCCACAGGUCAACUAAGCUGCUGGAGGAGUGCACUGAAAUGCUGAUUCUGAACAUGGCUGCACAAUGAGAGUUCUUGGCAGACAGCACUGAGGCACUAGAACCUAAAGACAUACCCCAUGAUGUCGAUGUUUAUAUUUCAACUGAAGAGACCUUUUUAGAUCCAUUAAAAAAAA